CUUUCGAAAUCAUCAAAAUGGCCGACGCUGCGACUGUCACUAUCCGCACUCGCAAGUUCCUCACCAACCGCUUGCUUCAGCGUAAGCAAAUGGUCGUCGAUGUCAUUCAUCCCGGCCUUGCCAACGUCUCCAAGGACGAACUCCGUGAAAAGCUCGGCAAGCUCUACAAGGCCGAGAAGGAACGUGUCUCUGUCUUCGGUUUCAAGACCCACUUUGGUGGCGGAAAGACCACUGGUUUCGGUCUCGUUUACGACACCGUCGAGGCUUUGAUGAAGUUUGAGCCCAAGUACCGUCUCGCCCGCAUUGGCAAGGCUGAGCCCGGAAAGGGUGGCCGCAAGCAGCGCAAGGAAAAGAAGAACCGUGCCAAGAAGGUCCGUGGUACCAAGAAGGCCAAGGCUGCCAACGCUGGCAAGAAGUAAAAAAAAUUAUAUAUAUAUCUUUAUCUAUAUAUAUAUACAUCUCUAUAUUUCUUUAUAUUCUUCAUCCCAACGAAUCCAAUAAGCCAACAAAAAAUAUUCAAUUUGCAAAUAUAUAUAAUCCAUCAUUCAAGAU